CAGGCGGCUCCGGCCGGGAAUGGCUGCGGCGGCCGAGCCCGGGGCCCGCCCCUGGCUGGGCGCCCCGAGGCCCGGCAGCCCGGCCUGCAGCCCGGUGCUGGGCGGCGGAGGCCGCGCGCGCCCGGGGCCGGGGCCCGAGCGGAUCGGCGCCAGAUCCCUGGGUCCCGCCGCCGCGCCGGGCCACAGCUUCCGGAAGGUGACGCUCACCAAACCCACCUUCUGCCACCUCUGCUCCGACUUCAUCUGGGGGCUGGCCGGCUUCCUGUGCGACGUCUGCAACUUCAUGUCCCAUGAGAAGUGCCUGAAGCAUGUGAAGACCCCAUGCCCGAGUGUUGCACCCAGCCUGGUCCGGGUCCCUGUAGCCCACUGCUUCGGCUCCCGGGGACUCUACAAGCGCAAGUUCUGUGCCAUCUGCCGCAAGGGCCUGGAGGCACCUGCACUUCGCUGUGAAGUGUGUGAGCUGUACCUUCACCCCGACUGUGUGCCCUUCGCCUGCAGUGACUGCCGCCAGUGCCACCAGGAUGGGCACCAGGAUCACGACACAUACCACCACCACUGGCGGGAGGGGAACCUACCCUCAGGUGCGCGCUGCGAGGUCUGCAGGAAGACAUGCGGCUCCUCCGAUGUGCCGGCUGGCGUGCGCUGCGAGUGGUGCGGGGUCCAGGCCCACUCGGUCUGCUCCACGGCGCUCGCCCCCGAGUGCACGUUUGGGCGCCUGCGCUCCCUGGUCUUGCACCCGGCGUGUGUGCGCCUGCUGUCCCGCAACUUCAGCAAGAUGCACUGCUUCCGCAUCACCGAGACGGUGGUCCCGGAGCCAGGGGAGGAGGACGGCGGUGUGGAUGGAGGUGCUGCCGCUGGCCCAGGCAGAGAGAUGCUGCCACCUGCAGAGUCCAGCAAGCAAACCCUGAAGAUCUUUGAUGGCGACGACUCGGUGCGCAGAAACCAGUUCCGUGUCAUCACGGUCCCCCGCCUGGCCCGGAGCGAGGAGGUGCUGGAGGCAGCGCUGCGGGCCUACUAUAUCCCGGAGGACCCUGGCAACCUGGAGCUGCAUGCGCUGCCCUCGCAGGCCGGUGAUGCGUGGGCCCGCGCCAAGGUCGGGAGAGCCGGAAUCUCGGAGGAGGAGGAGGGCAGCAGAGGCCCGGAGUCCUGUGAGGCCUCACCCGAGGCCUGGGUCAUCCGGGCUCUGCCCCGUGCCCAGGAGGUCCUGAAGAUCUACCCUGGCUGGCUCAAGGUGGGUGUGGCCUACGUGUCCGUGCGUGUGACCCCGCAGAGCACAGCCCGGAUGGUGGUGCUGGAGGUCCUGCCGCUGCUUGGUCGCCAGGCUGAGGGUCCAGAGAGCUUCCAGCUGGUGGAGGUGCUCAUGGGCAGCAGGCAGGUCCAGCGGACAGUGCUGGCGGAUGAAGAGCUCCUGUUCAACCGGCUUUGGGACAUCCGGCAGACCUCCUUGCGGCAGGUGAGCCAGACGCGGUUCUACGUGGCAGAGAGCAGGGCUGCGGCUCCUCGAGUCUCCCUGUUCAUUGGCGGCCUGCCUCCCGGCUUGUCCCCCCAGGAGUACAGUAACCUGCUGCACAAGGCCUUGGCCACCAAAGGCCCAUCCCGCACACCCUCCCCCGAGGGCCAUCUGGGCGUUCUACCCUCUGCGGCCAUUUCCCGUGGUGCCUGGCCUCUGUCUCUCCCUCUGGCCGCCGUGGUGUCCGUGAGUCACGUCUACUCCUCUCAAGGUGCAGUGGUGCUGGACGUCACCUGUUUCGCAGAGGCCGAGCGGCUGUACAUGCUGGUCAGGGAUACAGCUGUGCAGGGCCGGCUGCUGACUGCACUGGUGCUCCCAGAUGUGCUGCACUGGAACCUGCCCCCAGACAGCUGCCCCCUCCUCGUGUUUGUGAACCCCAAGAGUGGGGGCCUCAAGGGCCGAGACCUGCUCUGCAGUUUCCGGAAGCUGCUGAACCCUCACCAGGUCUUUGAGCUGACCAAUGGGGGUCCUCUUCCUGGGUUCCACCUGUUCUCCCAGGUGCCCUGCUUCCGUGUGCUGGUGUGUGGUGGGGACGGCACCGUGGGCUGGGUGCUUGCCGCCCUGGAGGAAACACGGCACCGUCUGGCUUGCCCGGAGCCUUCCGUGGCCAUCCUGCCCCUGGGCACAGGAAAUGACCUUGGCCGGGUCCUUCGCUGGGGGGCCGGCUACAGUGGAGAGGACCCGUUCUCGGUGCUGGUGUCAGUGGACGAGGCCGACGCUGUGCUCAUGGACCGCUGGACCAUCUUGCUGGACGCUCAUGAGGCUGCUAGUGCAGAGAAUGGUGUGGCAGACGCAGAGCCCCCCAAGAUCGUGCAAAUGAGCAACUAUUGUGGCAUUGGCAUUGAUGCAGAGCUGAGCCUGGACUUCCACCAGGCGCGGGAGGAGGAGCCUGGCAAGUUCACGAGCAGGUUCCACAACAAGGGUGUAUACGUGCGGGUUGGGCUGCAGAAGAUCAGCCACUCUCGAGGCCUGCACAGGGAGAUCCGGCUGCAGGUGGAGCAACAGGAAGUGCAGCUGCCCAGCAUUGAGGGCCUCAUCUUCAUCAACAUCCCCAGCUGGGGCUCAGGGGCCGACCUGUGGGGCUCAGACAGUGACUCCAGGUUCGAGAAGCCGCGCAUGGAUGACGGGCUCCUGGAGGUGGUGGGCGUCACAGGCGUUGUCCACAUGGGCCAGGUCCAGGGUGGGCUGCGCUCCGGAAUCCGCAUCGCCCAGGGCUCCUACUUCCGUGUCACACUCCUUAAGGCCACCCCUGUGCAGGUGGACGGGGAGCCCUGGGUCCAGGCCCCCGGGAACAUGAUCAUCUCAGCUGCCGGUCCGAAGGUCCACAUGCUGCGGAAAGCCAAGCAGAAGCCCAGGAAGGCUGGGACCUCUAGGGACACCCGGGUGGAAGCCACGCCUGCCCCCGAGGGCGAUCCCAAGUAGAGGUGGCUGAAGCAGCAGGGCAGGCUGAGAGUGUCUGGACCUGCCAUCCUUGUCAUCAGCUCCUUGGGGUACAGCUGGGCUUUGAGUCCACAGUGGCUGGCCUGGUGAUGGAGUUGGCCACAGCCCUGACCAGAGCAUCUUCCUGGGACCCAGGUCGUUUCCAAGCCCUCUUUCCCAUCCACUGUCACAUGGAAACUGCUGGUUGGCUAUUUCCUUCCCUGCCAGGUGUCAUUGCCAUCAAAGAUCUUCAGGGUUUGCUUGCCAGGCCAUGUGACAGGUGGGCUGGCCAGCCCUCUGCCCUGUUGCUGGAUAUUCCCGGGGGGUGGGCAGUCCUCCCUUCCUGCCCCCCACCUCCCAGCGCUGAUAUAGGUUGUCUGGGUGAGUCCGACCUUGUUUUGUGCCCCUCAGGCCAUCCCCCUUGACUGUGGCUCUGUAGGGGCCCUGGGUGUGUCCCUGCCCAGCAGAUAGAGAAUGUUGCCAACUCCUCCUGGCCUUACUGCCCACACUGGCUAGGUGGUGUGGGCAGUCCCUGCGUUCUGGGGUGCCAGUCGGUGGUGACCUCCUUGUCUGCCUUGGACGGUAUCUCCCUUGGUGUCCCAGUCUUACCACCAUAGGCCAUGAGCACAGCUGCAGGUGCAGUGUGGGCUGCGCUGGGUCUGGCUGCCCUUAGCUCUCUGAUGCCCUAAGGCUGGGUGGGUUUGGUGCUGCCCACGUGGCAGCUGGAGUGUGGGCCAGGCCCUGGGUGACCCCCGCCAGUCCCAAGGGUGAGGCAUUCAGCACCCAGAACAGACCAGAAGCAGAAACUUCUCUGAUGCCCUGAGGCCGGGUGGCCCAGACAAGUUUAUGGAAGUGUAACUCCUGGCACACGCGGAGGGGCUGGCUUUGAUCCCCUCCGAUCCCACUUUAGCACCUUAUAUGCCACUUGCCAACAGCUUUCUCACAUUAGUGUGUAAAGACCCUCCCGUGCCUCCCAGCCCCCAUGGCUCUGUGGACCGUGCUGCUGGCCAGGCCAUGCUUGGGGUGACGGGCUAACAGAUGGCCCAAAUGGAAUGAGACAAUCUGCAUUUGCCCCGUGUCUGAGGAUGACAUGUUUCACACCUCAGACCCCAGAAAUCUGACCACCCCAAAGGAAAGGGUCCCCUAGUCCAGAUCUUCCCUGUUUGCUUAUGGGGCACAGCUGGCCUGGGCCUCCCUCUCUGGGCUGGGGCUGUCCCAAGUUUGGCCUUCACCUCACAAGUGGCUCUGGUUUGGCUUCAGGAGUGUAUGGCCCAGCCCAGCCUACAGCCUCCUGGGGGGGUCUUGCUGCCACACCCCCCAUCCUGCUUUUGCCAAAACUGCACAGACAAAUGCAUUGUAAUGGCCAUUUGUGGCUGCCAGUAUAUACAUUCCUCAUGUCUGCAUCACUUGUGAUCUCUCAAGCAAGUCCUUAAUGGUGUAAUUAGUUUUCGCUUUGCAAGCCCUGGUGUUGAUUUUGAUCUGUAGGAAUUGUUUGUACAUUGUGUCUAGGUGGCUUGUCCUCCUGUAUUUAAGUGAGUCUGUCUGCCCAGAUGGGGUCUGUGUCCCUGGUGCGCGGGUCCCCCCGCGUGUAACUUAUUGCUACCUGAAUGUAAUAGUAAAUUAUAUCCAGGACAAAUACAGUCUGGGCAUUGCUGUC